ACCAAGUGCCUGAAGGACAACGGCAGCGAGCUCUCGAUCUUGUGUUCUAGAAAUCAAUGGCCGCUCCGAACGGCAGUGAGUUCUUCGACAUCGAUGUCGAGCAAGGUCUAUCCGACCCCUUUGGUCGGCCAUCGAAUGCCGAGGUCGUCCAGGAAGACGAGGAUGAGCUCCUUUGGGCCGCCAUUGAGCGGCUGCCCUCCCAUAAGCGCCUCAACUACGCCAUCGUCCGCCGGAACUCCACCCGCGACCCCGUGGAACCCGAGACCAUCGACGUCACCAAGCUCGAUCGUCAAGGUCGAGAGCGGCUUGUGCGCAAGGCUCUCGCCACCAACGACCAGGACAACUACAAUCUCUUGUCCGGCAUCAAACAACGCUUCGACAGGGUUGGAUUGGAGUUGCCCAAGGUGGAAGUGAGGUUCCGGGGCCUUACUGUUUCCGCUAACGUUCAUGUUGGCCGCAGAGCUUUGCCUACUCUCCCCAAUUUUGUCCUAAACACUGUUGAGAGAUUGUUCACCUCCUUGAGGAUACUUCAUCCUAAAAAGCACUGCCUCACCAUAUUGAAUAACGUCGGAGGAGCUGUGAAACCUGGAAGAAUGACUUUACUGUUGGGACCGCCUGGAUCUGGGAAAACCACAUUGCUUUUGGCUCUAUCUGGUAAACUGGAUUCCAGCUUGAAGGUAAGUGGACAAGUGAGGUACAAUGGCCAAGAUCUUGAUGGAUUUUACGUUCAUAGAACAUCUGCAUAUAUCAGCCAGACAGAUAAUCAUAUCGGAGAGCUAACUGUUCGAGAAACAUUAGAUUUUGCAGCUAGAUGCCAGGGCGCAGGCAGUAACUUUGCAGAUUUGGAAAGUCUGGCAAGGCUUGAGAAGGAAAAGAAAAUACAUCCAAAUCCAGAAAUUGAUGCGUUUAUGAAGGCAAGUUCUGUGGAGGGUAGGAAGCACAGCCUAAUCACAGAUUACAUCUUGAAGGUGCUGGGCCUUGACAUAUGUGCGGAUACUAAGGUUGGAAGUGAUAUGGUUAGGGGUGUUUCUGGUGGUCAGAAAAAACGAGUAACUACAGGGGAAAUGAUUGUUGGGCCAAGAAAAACUCUUUUCAUGGAUGAGAUAUCUACUGGUCUUGACAGCGCUACAACCUAUCAUAUCGUGAAGUGCAUGCGGAAUUUUGUUCAUGAAAUGGAAGCUACAACGCUGAUCUCCCUCCUGCAGCCUGCACCAGAGACAUUUGACCUUUUUGAUGACCUAAUACUAUUAUCUGAAGGUCAUAUCAUUUAUCAGGGGCCCUGUGUAAAUGCCCUUGAAUUCUUUGAAUCGCUAGGUUUUUCAUUGCCACCUCGCAAAGGACUGGCUGAUUUUCUUCAAGAGGUUACUUCCAGAAAGGAUCAGGGCCAGUACUGGUCCCAUCAAUCAAAGCCAUAUGUCUUUCUUGCUGCUUCAAAAAUCGCCGAGGAAUUCAGAAAUUCAAGAUUUGGAAAAUCUAUAGAGUCUGAUCUCGCUGCGCCUGUUGAUGAAGCCGAGUUUCUUCCAACAGCGCUUGCAAGAACCAAAUUUGCUAUAUCAAAACGGCAACUAUUUAAGGCUUGCUUUUCUCGAGAAGUUCUUCUAAUCGGUCGGCAUAGCUUUUUAUACAUUUUCAGAACGUGCCAAGUAGCAAUCAUUGGAAUUAUCACAUGCACAAUAUUUCCUCGAAGUAGGAUCCAUCCCGGUGAUGAGAUAAAUGGGAACCUCUACCUUUCUUGUUUGUUUUUUGGACUAGUGCACAUGAUGUUCAAUGGGCUCACUGAGCUACCAAUAACAAUUUCUCGUCUGCCAGUUUUUUAUAAGCAAAGAAACAGUUACUUCUAUCCUGCUUGGGCCUUUUCCAUCCCUAGUUGGAUUUUGCGCAUUCCCUACUCCAUUGUUGAAGCUGUAGUAUGGUCAUGUGUGGUAUAUUAUAGUGUAGGUUUGGCCCCUAGUGUUGGCAGGUUUUUCCGCUUCAUGCUGUUAAUGUUUUCUAUACAUCAGAUGGCUUUAGGUCUCUUCAGGAUGAUGGCUGGUGUUGCACGAGACAUGAUUGUAGCCAAUACAUUUGGAUCUGCGGCACUGUUAGCCAUCUUUCUUCUUGGUGGAUUUAUUGUUCCUAAAGAUAUGAUAAAGCCAUGGUGGAUUUGGGCCUUUUGGAUUUCACCAUUAACAUAUGGUCAAAAUGCAAUUUCAGUUAAUGAGUUCACUGCCACUAGAUGGAUGGAGCAGAAAUCUAAAUAUGGAAAUUAUUCUGUUGGGAGCAAUGUUCUCCAUGCACAUGGUCUACCUACAUCGAAGCACUGGUAUUGGCUCGGCAUUGGUGUUCUAUUAUCUUAUGCUAUCCUUUUCAACAUUUUGUUCUCCUUUGCCUUGGCUUACCUUAAACCAUUAGGAAAGGCCCAGGCAGCGGUUCCAACCGAUGACAUAGAAAACACUGCUGAUGAUGCAAGGGCUCAAGGAGCUCUUUCUGAGCUCCCUGUCCAUGUUAGUACAGAGAAUUUGGAAUCACAUCAGAGGAAUACUGUGAAAGAACAAAAUACAAAGAGAGGAAUGAUACUUCCUUUCACACCAUUGACUAUGACAUUCCAUAACGUCAAUUACUUUGUUGAUAUGCCAAAGGAAAUGAAACUGCAAGGAGCUCCGGAAAAGAAGUUGCAGUUACUAUCUGAUGUGAGUGGGAUAUUCAGACCAGGAAUUCUUACAGCAUUGGUCGGUGCAAGUGGUGCUGGGAAAACCACACUCAUGGAUGUGCUUGCUGGAAGAAAGACCAGUGGAUACAUAGAGGGUGACAUUAGGAUUUCCGGACACCCUAAGGAGCAGAAUACCUUUACUAGAGUUUCAGGAUAUGUUGAACAAAAUGAUAUACAUUCACCUCAAGUGACAGUUGAAGAGUCCCUAUGGUUUUCAUCAUGCCUUCGCCUUCCAAAAGAAGUUAGCAAACAAAAUAGACGGGUAUUUGUCGAAGAGGUGAUGGCAUUAGUUGAGCUUGAUACUCUACGGCAUGCAUUGGUUGGUUUGCCAGGAAGUACUGGUUUAUCAACUGAACAAAGAAAGCGUCUUACCAUUGCUGUGGAGCUUGUUGCUAAUCCUUCAAUUAUUUUUAUGGAUGAACCAACGUCUGGUCUAGAUGCCCGUGCAGCAGCAAUUGUGAUGCGUACUGUUCGAAACACUGUUGACACAGGAAGGACUGUGGUUUGCACAAUACACCAACCAAGCAUUGACAUAUUUGAAGCAUUUGAUGAGCUUCUCCUUAUGAAGCGAGGAGGAAGGGUGAUAUAUGGAGGCUUGCUUGGUGUGAACUCCCAGGUUAUGGUUGAUUACUUUCAGAGAAUAGAUGGUGUUCCUCCAAUUCCCGUUGGUUAUAAUCCUGCAACUUGGAUGUUGGAAAUUAGCACUCAAGCUUCUGAAGAAAGGCUGGGCCAGGACUUUGCAAAUGUGUACAAGAAUUCACAUCAGUUCAGGGAAGUGGAAGAGUUAAUUCAACAAGCAAGUGUAGCUACCAUGGAGCCAUUGAAAUUUUCAUCAAAGCAUCCUCAAGACAGUUUAACACAGUUCAAAAUUUGUUAUUGGAAACAGAAUCUUGUCUAUUGGAGAAGCCCAAAAUACAAUGUUGUGCGGUUAUUUUUCACUACAUUUGCUGCAUUUAUAUUUGGAUCAGUGUUCUGGAACGUUGGUUUGAAAAGGGAAACAACAAAAGACUUGUUUGUUGUUAUGGGUGCUCUGUAUUCUGCUUGUUUAUUUCUCGGAGUUAAUAAUGCUUCAACAAUUCAACCUGUAAUUUCAAUUGAGAGAACUGUGUACUAUAGAGAAAAAGCAACUGGAAUGUAUUCCGCAUUUCCUUACGCAUUUGCCCAGGGCCUUGUAGAGCUUCCAUAUAUUGCCUUGCAAGCAAUUUUGUAUGGUUUAAUCACUUAUUUCAUGAUCAAUUAUGAGAGAACAUGGGGGAAGUUUCUAUUAUAUCUUGUCUUUAUGUUUCUCACAUUCACAUACUUCACCUUCUACGGCAUGAUGGCAAUUGGUUUGACACCAUCUCAACAACUUGCGGCUGUUAUAUCAUCUGCGUUCUACUCUCUGUGGAAUCUGCUUUCUGGUUUUCUGGUUUUGAAACCUAGCAUACCUGUAUGGUGGCUGUGGUUCUAUUACAUAUGCCCUGUGGCGUGGACUCUUCGAGGUAUCAUAACAUCACAACUGGGGGACGUGGAAACCCAAUUAGUUGGCCCAGGUUUUAACGGUACUGUGAAGGAAUAUCUGGAGACGCAACUUGGCUUCGAUGCUGGAAUGACCGGUGUUUGUGUAGCAGUUUUGAUUGGCUUCGCCAUGCUAUUCUUUUUCAUCUAUGCCUUCUCUAUCAAAUUUAUCAACUAUCAACGACGCUGAUCAGUAUCACAGCAAGAAUAUUUUCAUUUUUUUUUGUCAGGCAUGUGGCUAGUAUAGAAGAGUUUUUUUUUUUUUCAUAAAAUCAAACAUGGGUCCCAUAACAAUGAAACUGUACUAAAAAAAAGUAGUCGAUGUCCAAGAUUCUUAAUUGCUUAUUUCUCACGCCAGUAAUGCUUUAGCGUCUAAAUUCAUUGUGGAGACUGUUUCAGUAAAAUUCCAGCUGCCUUCAUCAGCACGAUCCUCAGAAAUGUCAAUCAGUUUGCAGAUACAUUGGCCGACUUUGCCCGUAGGUUUCCCUUUAUCAAAAAGGAAUGGAUCUCCUUAGUUAGUUAAUAGAAGUUGCAGUUGAAGUUGGCUUCCUAUUUUGAGUUGCUUGUCCGUUUCCUGAGUCCUUUAGUGUUGUCUUUCGAGUUUUUCUUUUG